AUGACUUGGAAUCUCACCAUCACUUUGCUGAGCGGGGAGAGUGUGGAGCUGACCAUUGAGCCGGACCGGAGUGUGAACUUUUUGCGAAGAAAAGCGGAGCAAGCACUCCAGAGGCCACUGAAGGCCUUGUUUGGCGGAGGCCGUUUGAACAAUCCCAGCCGACUCUGCGAUGUGGGCGUCCAAGAUGGUGAUCUGCUGACGGCCAUCGUGCGAGAGCCGGGCCCCAUCAUGGAAUCCUAUCGGAAGGCUCGUGCUUUCGCGGCCAUUUGCGACGGCGAAGUGGUCACUUGGGGCGCACCUCACUUCGGUGGCCAACUGCCUGCACGGCUGCGACCGCGGCUGGUGGACGUGGCUUCGGUGGUGGUCUCAGCGUAUGCCUGUUGCGCACUCCGGAAUGACGGGGAGGUGGUCACUUGGGGCUCUGAGCUGUCAGGAGGGGAUUCGGAAGAAGUCACUCACGAGCUUCGUGACGUGAUCGAAAUCUACGCGACGGACGCAGCCUUUGCAGCAUUGAAAGGUAAUGGCAGUGUUGUGACCUGGGGCGAUGCCAGGAAUGGUGGCAGCUCUAAAGAAGUUUCAGGUGAUUUGUUUGGGGUUCAGAAAAUCUUUGCUUCCACCACAGCCUUUGCUGCAAUCCGAUCUGAUGGUCGAGUGGUUACUUGGGGUGCAAGGAAUGCUGGAGGCGACAGUAGCGCAGUGCAGGAUCAGCUGCGAGAUGUGAAGCAAAUACAUGCAACCAACGUGGCCUUUGCAGCAGUGAGAGGAGACGGCUCAGUUGUUACGUGGGGUGCAGUCAGCGGAGGUGGGGAUUGCAGCGAAGUAGCUGAUCAACUGGUGAACAUCGGGCAGAUUCACUCAACCACCCGAUCCUUUGCUGCGCUUUCUGCUGAUGGGAAGGUUGUAACCUGGGGUGCUCCCAGCACUGGUGGUGACAGCUCCACAGUGCAAGGUGAGUUGUUGGAUGUAGUGCAGCUGGCGGCCAGCGAGACCGCCUUUGUGGCCAUCCGGGAGGAUGGUGCAUUAUUCACCUGGGGCGACUCGAAGAUCCCAGAUGUGGAGCUAUCUGCGGUUUCUCGACAGGUUUUGGCCACCGAUUCGGCCUUUGCUGCCCUGGGAGUCGAUGGCAAAGUUGUCACCUGGGGGUCGAAGAAGGGAGGCGACAGCAGUGGUGUCCAGGAGCAAUUGGUGGAGGUACAACAGCUCUUCGCUUCUGAAGGUGCCUUCGCAGCUCUCAGAUCUGAUGGACGUGUGGUGACCUGGGGGGACCCGGCCUUUGGUGGUGAUUCACACACCGUGCAGGAUGAACUGGUUGAUGUCCACCGCGUCCAUGCGGCCAGUGGCGCAUUUGCAGCAGUUCGACAUGAUGGCAGGGUUGUGACUUGGGGCGAUCCAUGGGGUGGGGGCGAUAGCAGCAAUUUGAGGACGGCUUCGACGACUUUGGUGACUUCAGCGGCUUGGUGA